ACCUACUCAACGCCCGGUUGCAUAAUCAACAUGGCGGCAAAGGUAGCCGACGAUGUCGCCAACUUGAAGUUGGACGACUCCAACACCAAGCCUGCCAGCGGCGCGGCAGAGAACGGCGACAAGCCCACCGGCGACGCAGAACACGAAGAUUCGGACGAUGACAACGAGGCAGAGGAAGGCGCUCCUGAAGCCGGCGAGGGAGCAGCGAAAAAGAAGAAGAAGAGAAAGCCCAGAAAGAAGAAGAAGGCUGGAGCAGCAGGCGCUGGAGGAGCAAAGACGCAGACGGCACCACCUCGCGUACGCAUCGAUGAAGUCUUCCCCAACGACUCAUAUCCAGAGGGCGAGAUCCAAGAAUACGUCAACGAGAACGCUUACCGAACGACCAACGAAGAGAAGCGCCACCUCGAUCGCAUGAACAACGACUUCCUCACCGAGUACCGCAAAGGCGCAGAGAUCCACCGUGAAGUCCGACAAUGGGCCCAGAAAUGGAUCAAGCCUGGCAUGGGUCUGACCGAGAUUGCAGAGGGCAUCGAAGACUCGGUCCGCGCAUUGACAGGACACCAAGGCCUAGGAAACGGAGAUGCGCAAAUUGCAGGCAUGGGUUUCCCAACUGGUCUCAGCAUAAACCACUGCGCGGCGCAUUACACGCCUAAUGCAGGCAACAAGAUGGUCGUCAACUACGAGGACGUCAUGAAGGUCGAUUUCGGUGUACACAUCAACGGCCGCAUCGUGGACAGCGCCUUCACCCUGACCUUUGACCCCGUAUACGACAACCUCGUCAACGCAUGCAAGGCUGCCACCAACGCUGGUAUCAAGGAGGCAGGUAUUGAUGUGCGCAUGAGCGAUAUCGGUGCUGCCAUCCAGGAGGUCAUGGAGAGUUACGAGGUGGAGAUCAAGGGCGAGAUGCUGCCUGUCAAGUGCAUAAGGAACCUGAACGGUCAUUCCAUCGGACACUACACCAUUCACGGUGGCAAGACCGUCCCCAUUGUCAAGGGCGGGGACCAGACUAAGAUGGAGGAAGGCGAGACUUUUGCUAUCGAGACAUUCGGUAGCACAGGAAAGGGUUACGUCCGCGAUGAUAUGGAGACAUCGCAUUACGCCAUGAAGGCCGACGCACCCAAAGUCGCCCUCCGCGUCUCAUCAGCAAAGACACUACUCAACUCCAUCACCAAGAACUUUGGCACUCUGCCUUUCUGCAGGAGAUAUCUUGACCGCAUGGGUCAUGACAAGUACCUCUUGGGCUUGAACAACCUGGUCAGCGCGGGCAUCGUGGAAGCGUACCCGCCGCUGUGCGAUAUCAAGGGUAGUUACACGGCGCAGAGUGAACAUACUUUUGUGCUUAGGCCCACGUGCAAGGAGGUGCUUAGUCGUGGUGACGACUACUAGAUGAUCGGAAACGUUUGCUAAACGAUUAGUCUUGGUUUCGGGCAUUAUGAUAAAAACUUGGUGUCAAAGCACGACACAUACAUGCUGUAAUGGUAUACCAAGGGGGGUACAUGACGGCUUUUAUGUCGAGAGAUACGAUUCAUGAAGUCAGGAAAAAAAAGGUACAAGACGAAAUGUGAAAUAUGAAAUGCACAAACCAAUCCAUCCUCGCA